AUGAUCUACUUUCUAGGUUACUUACCUCCACACCGGAAUCAAGUUUCCAACCAUUUGAAAGAUUUAUAUAAUUUUCAUUUAACAGCUUUAAAAGAACAAUUACAAAAUAUUGAUUAUAUUGGUUUGACGUUUGACUUUUGGACAAGCCGUCGAUGUGUUUCAUUUUUAUGUAUAACAGGUCAUUGGUUCGAUGAUAAAUGUGUAUAUUUUUCUAAAGUUAUUCAUUUUUCUUCUUUUGACGAAAGACACACAGGAUUUAAUAUUUCACGUUCAGUUAAAGAAAAAUUGGAAAGUUUAGGUAUUUACCAUAAAGUAGUUGCUAUUACAUGUGAUGGUGGUGAAAAUUUGGUGUCAGCCUGUAGUCAACUUGAUGGCUCAAUUAAAAGAAUUUGGUGCUGUACACAUCGUUUACACCUUGUGAUAAUUAAUAGUUUAGGUUUUUGGAAUACAGAGAACAAACUUGAUAAUAAUCCAACCAAUUGUUUAACAACAGAAAUUACAGCAACAGCUACUUCAUCUUCUAAUAUUAUUUCGAAUAACCAACAAGAAUUAAUGGAUACAAGUUGUUCAGAUGAAAAUGAAACAGGUGAAAUAUUAAUUGAUGAAACGAUUGGUGAUGCUGGUGGACAUUAUACAGAUAUAAUUAAUAAUUUUGAUACAGCUCAAGGAUCUGAAGCUGAAAGUGCUACAAUUGUAAAUGCUGAAUCAAUUGAUGAUGAACAAAAUUUAGAUUUAAUUGAUGAUAACUGGUCAUCUAACAUCGACACCAAUGUUCCUACAACAAAUGAAGUUGAAUUAAUAAUGGAUUUAUUAAAAAAAUGUCGUGUUCUAGCAACUCUUUCAAAAAAGUCGUCAAUUGUUUCAAAUUUUAUUCGUACAAAUCAAUUACUAUUUAAAGUUAAUAGGACAUUAAACAACGACUGCAAGUCCAGAUGGAAUUCAACAUUUAUCUUACUUGAUGCUUUAAUUGAUCUUAAACCAGUAAUGAUGAAACUGUUUAAUGAAAAACGAACAUUAAAUUUACGUCGAGUUCAAAUUGAAAAAUUAACUAUGAUUGAAUUAAAUAAUGAAGACUGGGAUUUUAUAUCUUCAUUACAUUCUGUAUUAAAACCCUUUUACUGGGGAACUGUCAUGAUGUCCGGAAAGAGUUAUCCAUCAAUUGGACUUGCUUAUCAUGCUGUACAUAAAAUAAAACACUUUUGUACCAAUGGAACCACAUCGAAUAAUCACAUUAAAGAAUUAAAAAAAUUAUUAUUGGUCAAAUUAUAUACAUAUUUUUAUGAUGAUAUUGAACAAUUUCAAUACUUUCAGGUAACACAUAAACUACAUAGAUCAUCAGAUAAGUUGCAGAAAUAUAUAUGUAUAAUUGUGUGCAAUACUGUGCUCAUUUUUGUAAAUUCAUUUAAGCAAAUAGAAUCUUUAAAAUAUAGCAUUUAAAAGUUCCGAUGUAUGUGACCAGGAAAAAGUAUCAUAAAUUUUUAUCUAUUGUGCAUGAAAGUAGUACGAGAUAGAAGCAAAAGUUUUCACUAUGAGUUACUAACCAUUAGUGUUUUGAAAAUAUCGAUGAGUUCACUCAUAUAGUUUACAUGUAAUUGUUGUUAAUAAAACCUAUCGUCCGGAGGGAAAAUCUAUAAUUAUCAAUGAAAAAAGUACUUUGCACUUCAUAAGUGCAUCAGAUUUACGAAGGUCAUAUUUUGCUUAUGAAGAUAGUUUAAAACAGCCAUUCUCGUCGCUACAUAAUGGAAUUUAAUUACAGAAAACUGGAAUGAUUCCACAGCGAAAAUAUAAAAUUUUUUUCUGUAAUUAUAAUAAAGCCUAAUGUAGGACCUCGUAUUGUGAGAUGAAAGAUCAAUCGUCCCACCUGAUAGUGCAAGGUUCUAUAUAGCUAUUCUGUUAUUCAAAACGACUUAAUUCGUUGUUUCCGAUUUCUAAUUAAAAAGAUUAUCAGUUAUACUUAAAUCUAUUUUACUGCAGGGUCAGAUACAGAAUUAAAAAUUGAUCAUUCACUCGUGGUUUCGGAUACAAAACUGGCUUUAAUAUUUUGAUUUUCUAUUUGACGAACCAAAACAUAUUUUACA